AUAACAAUUUAUAUAUAUAUAUAUAUAUAUAUAUAUAUAUAUAUAUAUAUAUAUAUAUAUAUAUAUAUAUAUAUAUAUAUAUGGCGACCAUCUUCUAGCAAUGGCCACCACUCUCCCUCAUCCCCGAAGCUUCAACGACAUUGCUAUCAAGGGCGACUACAAACCAGCGACGAAAUACAAAGGCCAAUCGGCUAUAUCCUUCUCAGAUGAAGAAAUCAACAAUUUGUCUGCUAGGUUUGUUCGCACAAUUGUGGGUCGAUUCACCAAGGGUAGACCAUGCCGAAUCUCAAAUUUUGAUUCCCCAUUGAUUCCAGUUUGGAUUAGUCUUGAAGGUCUUCCCAUUCAUCUUUUUGAUUCUCUGGCUUUAUAUUCCAUUGCCAAUUCGAUUGGUAAACCACUGAAAACUGAUGCUGCAACAGCAUGCUUGUCAAGGCCAUCUUUUGCACGUAUUUGUGUUGAGGUUGAUACUAGUAAGGAACUGCCCCAUGGUGAAGAUCUCCCUGAAUACUGCCCCUCUUGCAAAUCCUUUGGACACAAAAACUGCAAAAAAGCCACGAGAUCCUCUAGAUGGUUGGUGAAGGAAUCGCCAGGGACUGGGAAUACAGCUCUUGCUGUAGCCGUCCCUCUAUUGCAAACGGUGGACACCACCUUAAAACUUGUGGCAAAACAAGCUGAUGAACAGAUACAAGAACCUGGAGCUGAAACCCUUGAAAUAGAUCAUGAGGUACAAUCUGCAAGCGACAUGUAUACAAAUAUGGCAAGAGUUGAAGCUUUGGAAACCACCAUUGUUAAUGGUAGGGAUGUUAUGGCUCCCGAGCCAGCUGGCAGUGCUGAAGUCAAAACUGUGUUGGUAGAGCUUGAACAAAUCUGUGUUGGUGAGGAUGCUCAGGAGACCAUCCAAAAUCCAACUUACAUCGACCCUAAUUCCGAGAAUGAACAAAGCUGUGUGGCACACAAACUGUCCCCCAAGACAGAUUUGGAAGGCACACAGUACAAAGAAGAAUUCCCUCCCUUAACUAUAACAACGGGGGAUUUUCCAGCCCAAAAUUAUAAUAGUGAUGCACACACUCUUUCCCUCAAGAAAGAGAUGGAUGGCACGCUAUCCCCUUCUAUCAAAGGAGAUGAUGAAACUAUUUCUGAUCCUUCUUUUAGACAAGUUUUUUCCCACCUAUAACUAACAAUGCAGGUAAUGACCAAACUACUAUCGGCCCUGUUCUUCAAUCUUUUGAGGUGGACGGACAGCACUAUGAAAUCAGGUCCUAUGAAGAAGCGGAGACAAGUAACCUAAGGGAGGACCCUAACGACUUCCAAGAUGUCUAGAACAGACGCAGCAAAAAAGCGGGGAAGAGGGG